GCCCCAGGAGGCCGCGACGGCCUGGCCCCUUACCUUCACGGUCGAAGUCUUUCAGAAAGGAGGCGAGCUUCCGCCUCCGUAAGGAGUUGGUCUUGGCCACCCGACUACUGCCCUUCCUAGGAGCCAUGGCGCUCGGCGGAGGCUGCGGGGAGCGGCGGAGAUGGGGCAGGGAAGCAAGAAACUGGGUAGGGACGAGGAGGGCGGACGGGGACCACCCGAAGAAGUCGCCAGGCACGUACCUGCGGUCCCGAGACAAGGGCUGAGCAAAACCUCGCUGUGCCAGUGAGAGAGAGCGGCUCUACAGUCAACCGCCACCCAAUUCAAACUCCACAGUCACAGGCUGACGAAUGAGAAGCCGCCGUCCCACAACAUCCAAUCACAAGCAAGUUCCUGCCGGCCCAGGGUCUUCCGCCCAAUGCGCCCCCUAUAGCCUGAGUGCGACAGCGAGGCCGCCGCCGUCGCGGGUACUCCUGGGAGUUGUGGUCCAGGCUUGUUUCCCCGCCCUCCCCACCAACCCACCCGGCUCCGCCCUGGCCGGCUGCAAACUAUACAAACUACUACUCCCGGCAGGCCUUGCGGCGGCUCUGCAAUACCCCAAGCUCUGGAGGGCUGGGGGCCUACUAGGUCAGGUCGGCUGUAGGAUUCCGCUCCAGGGUCGGCGUCUGCUUCUUUCUGGCCUGGCUGCCACUGAGUAGCCAAGGGGCCGCCGUGACCCUCUGACUGAUUGACUGGCUGGCUGCCUACGUCGGCGCUCCUCAGGGCCCCAAGCUCCCCAGGCCGAACUUCGGGCAAGUGGCGGGUCGGCAGAGACAGAGCAGCCCCGGCAGGGUUUGACGGAGCAAGGGGGACGGAAUGAUAGAGGAGCAGGGCAGGGGUGCAGGCUUUGGGGUGGGCGCGCUAUCCCGCGGCCAGUCUGGGCAGCGAGUUGGGGGAACCCUAUCGUUCCUCGCUCCCCCGCGGGCCGGCCACUCCCGCCCAGUUCGCGUGUUGGCGCCUCGACUGGGUGCGCAGCGCGGGGCUGCGACUUCAGGUGCAAGUAGUGGCGCUUGGCAGCUGGCUACACGGUGACUGCAGCAUGAGCCGCGGCCACCAGGCUCCAGGGAGCCCAGGGCAGGAGGCAGCUCUGGGUGUCGUGGCCGUGGGCCUGGGAAUGGGCGUGUAGACGGCGAGCCCCGCCGAGCCGCGGUCCUGUCGGAGGUGCUAACUGUGCAUCUUGGUAUCUGCCCACGGCCACAGGGUUGGAUUGCCUAAGAGUUGUGCUGAGACCCAGAAGGCUAGAGGCUAGUUUCGAAGCUGUAGCUCAGGCUGAGUCUCAAGGCGGGCGGCGACUGGACGGCCAGACCGGCGAGCUCUUGACGGGUUUGUGGCCUGAUUGUUUGGAUUUGGUGCUUUUCACCUGUGGAUGCGGUCUGAAGCCAUGUCAGAGGGGUUGUGUUUAAGCGUGCAUGUUAUAGGCUAUGGGAGUGAUAAUCUUGCCUCUCCCCCUCUGAGUUGAGGAACAAUCGAAGAAAUAAGCAAAGGUGCCAAGCAGGCUCCUGAUGGGCACCAGCGAGCUUGGGGACAGAGCAGUCCAAGCAUAGAAGCCCUGGCAAGCCUGGACCUUCCUGGAAAGUCCUUUCUCUCUCUUCCACCCUGGUCUGUUGCUCCAUAUGCAACAAAUAUUUGAAUGUCGCUCUUCCGCCCGAGGUCAGCCCUGGGCAGUGGGUAGUGGGGGUGACACCCCAGUCUGCUGGGUGCCUGAGGAUCUCCAUCAGUCAGAUGGCCAAGAUGAGACGGGAUGACAACCCGUACCUCAUGUAAGCUUUCCCCCUGCAGGUGUUUUUAUGCUGCGCAAGUCGGGCUUCCAGCCUCUCGGUUUCAGGGUUUCCUUCACCCUACUCCCCAAUGAGCCCGAACUCCCUGGGCACCUGGACGUCCACCUGCAUCUUAGCCAGAGCUGCCACGUCAGGAGCCCGUGAUUUACUAGUUUUUGCCAGUUGGUUGUGAUACACAAUGUCAAAAGUGUCAUUAAGGCACAACCGGAGGCGCAAGAUAAGAGGAAAAGACUCCACAGCUAACAGGACAUGCCACCACCGCCACCCAAUUUAAACUGCCGCAGGCUGACAAAUGAGAAGUCGCCGUGUUUGGACGGUCCCAACAUCCAAUCCCAAGGAAGCUUCAAGCCGAGUGGCCAAUCCACAUGUUGGACUACAGUACCCAGAAGUCAUUGCGGCACUACGAUAUAUUUUCGCGACUCAGUAGCCAGGAACGCGACCGGCAGCCUCGGGCAGGGGAGACAGGACUGUAUGUCAGAGAAGAGACGGCGCUUGGACGCCAGGAAUCCUCUGAAGCAGGAGACUGCCCUAUCCAGAAGAUGACUCAAGACCGGCCUCUGCUUGCCGUGCAGGAGGCGCUGAAGAAGUGCUUCCCCGUGGUGGAGGAGCAGCAGGGCCUGUGGCAGAGUGCCCUGCGGGACUGCCAGCCCCUCCUGUCCUCCCUCAGCAACCUGGCGGAGCAGCUGCAGGCUGCACAGAACCUGCGGUUUGAGGAUGUGCCGGCGCUUCGGGCCUUCCCAGACUUAAAAGAGCGGCUGAGGCGUAAGCAGCUGGCGGCUGGUGACAUCGCCCUGGACAAGCUAGGGGAAAGGCUAGCCAUCCUCCUCAAGGUGCGAGACAUGGUCAGCAGCCAUGUGGAGCGAGUGUUUCAGAUCUAUGAGCAACACGCAGACACAGUUGGCAUUGAUGCUGUCCUGCAGCCUUCAGCAGUGAGCCCCUCUGUGGCUGACAUGUUGGAAUGGUUGCAGGAUAUUGAGAGACAUUAUCGAAAGUCGUACCUGAAGAGAAAGUAUCUUCUUUCGUCUAUCCAGUGGGGAGACUUGGCAAAUAUACAAGCUUUGCCCAAGGCCUGGGACCGAAUUUCAAAAGACGAACACCAAGAUCUUGUACAAGAUAUCCUAUUGAAUGUUUCCUUCUUCCUGGAAGAGUAAGGAAGCUGUGCGUAUCUGGAGACCACGGGCACCACAGUUGAAGACUGACAUUCUGAACCCUGAUGUUUCUAAAGAAACGUCAGUAUUUCAGUCUGACAUAUUUGAAAUAUCAGUGCCUUGAACCUUAGGACUGGGUCUUGGGGAGGAUUAGCGCCUAGAUGUCUGAUUUUGGAGCUGCAGCAUGCCAGGCCGUGGCUGAGAGUAUGUGAGCCAUGCCUUGCCCUUUUCUGAGGCUCAGGGAAGUGGAUGGAGCUAGAGAGACAACAGGAAAGACGGUGCUGAAGAACAUAGUGUCUUUCCUCUAUUGUGGACCUGAAGAUGUGGGGAAGCAAGGACAAGAGGCAAAGAGCCACACUGCCCUUGGCAUCAUCCAAAGCAUUGUCUGGUUGACACCAGGUCCUGGUUUUGUGUCUUUUGUCAAUACCUGAAUCCUUGACAAAAGAAAAAGUGGUUUUGAUGAUUUAAAGAAAUAAGGGUGAUUUUGACAGAAAAUAUAUUUUUAAAAUUUUGACCGAUUGCAAUAGUUAUCCUCAAGCCAAUUUCCAGAACCUGCCACCAGGGGGAGGUGGUGCAGCAUGAAUCAUUCUGAAUGCUUUGUCUUUGAAGUGUUCCCCUAUUGCUGUUACCAUCUCAGAGGAAGUAACUGGGCAUGGUGAGACUCCUAAAAUGACAGGAGUUUUUUUUGGCCAAAGCUGGCAUCUGACUUGCCACAUUCCUCUGAGUCUGGAGUAGCCGCAGGGGUGGGAGAAUGCCAGCCCAGAGUCAGUCCAUCGGGGUUACAGUUCCAAGGCCUGCUGCCUUCAUCUAUGUAAUGGCCAUGUUACUUUCAGAUCUUUCAGCUUCCCAGGGUGUUGUGGGAAUCUUGGUCAUUGAAUGUAUAGGGACUUAGUAAAGGGUAUAGAUAUUUUUCAAAAAUGAAAAUAACUUUUUUUCUUAUAAGUGAUAAGCUUUUAUAAAGAUCAUAGGAAAACUAGAAAAAAUGUAAAAUGUAGAAAAUUGUAAAACAAACUUCAUUAGAGAUAUUUUGAUAGAUACCUUUUCAGUGUCUAUUUACAAAUUUUUUCUUUUAAUAUAGAUAGGGUCUCACUAUAUUGCCCAGCUCACUCCUGAGCUCAAGGGAUCCUCCCACCUCAGCCUCCCAAAAUAUUGGGAAUACAGGCAUGAGCCACUGCUCCUGACCAAUUCACAAAUUUUUUUAAAGAACAAACGUGGUAUCAUCGAUACAUACUGUUAGGUUGUCUUUUUUUUUUUUUAAACCUAAUGUAAUUUGUUCAUCUUUUUAUAUCUGUAAAUAUAGCUCAACACAGUUAUAUUCUUUUUGUGAAUGUAUUAUAUCUACAAUUUACCUUUUUUCUUAGAUUUUACAUGCAUUUUCCCAAAUCUUUGUGUUUGUCUAUCUGUAAAGGUAAUACAUUCUGAUUACAAAAAAUGAAAAUGUUACAUAGCAAUGUACCAUUAUCCAUCUACCAGAUAACUAUUAUUAAUAAUGUGUAUUUAUUUUUCCAGGAAUUAAAAAACAUCUAUCAUAUAAGUAUUGCAAAUAAAACUUAAAAAGCA